AAUGUAAACAAAAAUAAAACACCAUCAACACAAUCAAAACAAAUUAAAUUAUUCGGAAGAUUUUUCAAUUUUAAAUAUUUUUAAAGUGAAAAAGCGAUGAUAAAAUGUCCGCAACAAAUGAUCACACCAACUUUACAUCAACCGCUGCACUCCAAAGUCACCAAUUAUCUAAACGAUCAACGACGACAGGGACAAUUCUGUGAUCUAAUACUUGAACUAGAAAGUGGUGAUUCAAUUUAUGGUCACUUUUGUGUGGUGGCUGCACAAAGUCGUUUUAUAGGCGGCUCUCAUUUCCAACAGAAAACUUUACAGUUUUCCAUACAUAAUCCUUUAAAGGUGACAAUUAAGAAUUUCCAAUGUACCGAAUGUUUGCAGACUAUAGGAGACUUUUUCUAUGAGGAUAUGGUCACCAUUAUUAAGGAACAUGAAACACAUUUUAAGCAAUUAGCCAAAAUUUUAGUAGUGGGAGAAUUGAUGAAAAUAUUUCAAAUACCUGAGGAAUCAAAUGAAAUUAUAGAAAUUACCAAGGGUGAAUGCAGUGGAAUUGCAGAGGACUUAAUUAAAGUAGAAGAAGAACAAGACGUGAAACAAGUGGAAGGAGUAAUAAAUGGUGAAACAACUUUUAGUAAAAAUCAGAACAUAUUCGAUGAAAAGAAAACUUAUUUUAAGUUAAAAAAUCCACGUUCCUCUUCCUCGAAUAGUAAAAUAAACUAUUGUUUAGCGUGUGAUUUCAAAUGUUAUCGCGUCCAUGAGAUGAUAACACAUAUGCGCAAUUGUGAAGCCUCUCAUUUGACUUGUUCUCUGUGUGAAGUAGGCUUUUUAAGCUGGCGCGAGUAUGAUUUCCAUUUGAGACGCCACGAUGCCGAUGUUAAAAAACCAUUUUUCUGUUUAGAAUGUGGUAUACGUUUUAUGACCAAAGCCGCUCUCACAUUACACCACCCUAAACACUCUAAAGAAACACCCCAUUUGUGUCCCCAUUGUGGUAAGGGUUUCAAAUGGAAACAGGGACUCAGUACUCAUCUUCAGGUGCACAAUGCUGAGAAGCGAAUGCUUUGUGAUGUCUGUGGUUACAGUACCACACACAUGAAAGCUCUUAAAUCUCAUAAGCUAAGACAUGCCGCCGAGUUCUUUAAAUGUCCCCAUCCUGGUUGCCAUCAUCAAGCAAAUCGCAAAGAAAAUCUUAAACUACACAUCGAAACCCACAAACAAGAGCGGCCAUUUGUGUGCGAGAUUUGUGGUUGUAAAUUUAGUUUGUCGAAAAAUCUCAAACGUCAUGCCAUGAAACAUUCAUCCGAUAAUAUUAGUAAAUUUAAAUGUCAACUAUGUUCUUUUAGCAGUCAUCGUUCCGAUAAACUAAAAGAGCAUGUACAACGUGUGCAUACCGAGAAGGCCAUGCAAUUAGAAUUACCGGAAAUAGUUGAAAAUGCUUUCGAAUCAAAAACCGAUUUAGAUGAAUUUACUUUGCCAAGUUUACCUUCUGAUAUGGAUUCUCAAAAAUCAGAUGAAGAUCUUAAAAUGGCAACUAAGGAAAAGGAUAAGAAAAAAGUUCGCAAAAGAUGUGUUCGGAAAACGGUGAUGGAAAGAAAAUUAAAGCCUAUAGUGCCAAAAGGAAUACACAAUCAUCGGUUGAAAUCCGUCUAAAUUUGCUUCGAAUUUAAUCUAACAGCAAAGUUAAACCAUGUUUAACUGAGUAGUUACAAACUCAUGUUAUGGAAUUUGAAGCCGAAUAACGGCAUUUGGAAGUGAUCGAAAUCCCAAUAGAAUUUAAAUAGAGAUUUCAAACGCUUUCUAAUGCAGUAAUUUGUAACCUGAUUAUAAAUUGCUGUUUAGUCUUCAACUCAAAAACCCAUCCUUAAUCGGUUUUUAACAUUGAAUUAAAAUUUAUACCUAUACAAAAUCUUUUUUCAAUAAAAGUAAUAAAUGAUCAGCAAAUUUUAUAUUACUUCUCUAAUUUCCAUUAAAAAAAUAUAAAAUACAAACUGAAUACGUUAACGUUUUCUAGAAAUAACAAAACGUUAGCAUAUACUUCUCUCUUUGCUCACAACUGGUUUUAAAAAUAAGCAAAAUAAAUAAAGAAAUAAUAAUAAUAAGCAAAACAAACUAGACUAAAACAAAAACUUGAAUAAUGACUCAUAUGCAGAAAUUUUAGGAAAACACCUUUUAUCUGUUGUUAUUAAACAAAUUGCAAAAAUAAAUAUUAUGAAAAUAA